CCGGGAGAGAGACACGCCCUGGUUCAAGUUUUCCUCAUUUCUCAGCGUCCUUCUAAGCUCCACUCUCCCGCCGGCUCCUCACCAACAACAUGGCCUUCACAGGGAAAUACAUUCUGGAGAGCCAGGAGAACUACGAGCAGUUCCUGGAAGCCAUUGGCCUCCUCAGUGCUAAGACGGACCACAAGGUAGUGACAGAGGUGGUCCAGGAUGGCGACCACUUCACCUGGACCCAGUCCAUCCCCAACUGGACCUGGUCCAACGAGUUCACCAUCGGACAGGAGUGUGAACUACAGACAAUGACGGGGGCCAAAUUCACGGCUAAUGUGACCAUGGAGGGUGGGAAGAUCAAAAUACAAUUCCCCCAGUACUUGUUUACAGCAGAGAUCGUUGAAGACAAGCUUGAAAUGAACUGCACCACUCCUGGAGACACGGGCCUGGUGUUCAAGCGAGUCAACACCAGGACAUGAGGCUCCCCAGAUCAGUCUCGGUCCUGUACCGCCACGACGGGUCUGCCAGACGUUGGCCGUGCAAAAGAAACCACGGCUGACAUCACGUUUUCCCUCACAUCCCAGACGAAGACCUCCCUCGGUCUGGCUGGAACCACAGAGUGUUAUUGGCUCGCUAGGUUAGUUAACUUUAUAGAGAUGGCAAAACCACACAUUUAUAAUUCUUCUGUUAAUUCCUUGAAUAAAAUGCUUUGGACACUAUUCCACGUCGCCGUCCGUUAAAGGGUAAUUGCGGUGUAAAAUGGAUUUGGGAUAUGUUUUGUAUGAUAAAGAGUUGAAACGUUCGUUUUGGAGCACAAAAAAGGCAUAUAGACGCUUUCUUCAGUUGGCUGUUUUUAGACGAUUCUAUCAAAACGCUAUAACCUUGGAACGAUGGGGGCACUGGUUAUGGUAAAAACUAAAUCGCUAUUUUAAACCUCUUAAAAGGACUUGUUUUUAAGACUCGAUAAGUAGAUUGGCAAGUUUGUGUGUUGCUGACGGAUGUCACAAUCUCUGUGUUCGUCAGUCUACCUAUCGAGACUUAAAAACAAAAUGGCGUAGACGGGUGAUCUACUGAUGGUAUUGUGUGUAUAAAAUGUCCUUUUUAAUAAACAAUAUGUACAUUUACAAAGUUCUCAAUGCCUCGUUUUAUAUGUUAAGACCCUUAUUAUACUACCAAAGAAGUGUCUGGCUACUUUUAGCCUUUUAAGUGGUUAAAAAUAGCGAUUUAGAUUUUACCAUAACCAGUGCCCCCAUCGUUCCAAGGUUAUAGCGUUUCGAUAGAAUCGGCUAAAAACAGCCAACUGAAGAAAGCGUCUAUAUGCGUUUUUUGUGCUCCAAAACGAACAUUUCAACUCGUUAUCAUACAAAACAUAUCCCAAAUCCAUUUUACACCGGAAUUACCCUUUAACAAGUACUUUCCAGAUUCACACCAGCUAAUGGUACCCAUUUUAUGCAAUCUAUACGAUACAACCUUAUUUGUCAGUUUGGACAGGAAUUAUUUUUUGCAUAAACCUUUAACCUUGAAUAAACCUUGCCGGUUAUGUUUAUACAAGUGGAAGUUAAAUGUAAUGUAUGGGUAUGAGUACAUUGCCACGUGGUUCAUCUUGAGGAAAAUGUAACCCAAAGGUCAAUGAUUCAUGUGAUACUCAUCCCUGCCAUGUACUCUGAAUAAAGGUCUUUGUUUACAUCCUUCAAGGGUCAUCACCAGCUUUUCAACAGUUGACAACGUUCAGUCGAAUGUCUUAACCUUUAGAAGGAACCAACAAACACAUCAACACAACUGCUUAAAUCCAUCAGUCAGCGUGAAGACUACUUUAGUAUCUCAUGCAUACUUAAACAUCCAGUAAGUUGUUAAAAUCAAAGUAUUCUACAACUUUGAAACCUCUAACAAUUUUGUUGAGUACUUUAAAGAGUUUGUAUGUUAGGCCGCAUCAGCAAAUUCAUUAAUAAGUAUAUUCAAGAGAAUGCAUAGAAUUUCUCACUAUGAAUAGAUGCAUUAUGUUCCAUCAAUAUAAAAUAAAUACAAUCCUACUUUCACAUAUGUGCAGCAUACUGUAGGGAAACGAGGAGAAUACAUGUAGGCCUAAAUCAAGAACAGACUAAUGGAAGAUAUAAAUGGAAGAUAUAUAAAUAUGAUAUAUAAUUAUGAAGGAAGAUGUUGAUGUUCCCCUUAAUGCCGUAACUGUGCCUCAGCUUUCAGGUGAGUGGGCUGCAGAGUAACGGCCAAAUUACAUGUUCAGCAUGCUCUAAUGGGGAUUCAAACUCUCAACCUAAGGAUCACCAUUAAAAUACAUUAUCCCAUUGAGCCACUGACAAACCUGAAAUCUAGCCUCAUUCACUCUGUG